UAGUCGUCGGUUACGUAUUUCCGGCUGGAUAGUCGUCAACACACGUGUUUGGUAAAGACGUUCGAGUAAAAGUGUCCGGGGUCUGUGAACAGGACCUUGCAGAUCCCGCUAAACCCGAACGAUCUUUGGCAGUUGUUUGGAGCGGAACCGCCGCAAUGGGCCCGCCACGUUCAAAGAAGCGCCGUCCGACUUUCCGGCGGCUGCUGAAGACAAGUGGCGUGAAACUGGAGAACAAGCUGAAGAACCGACAGCAGAAGCAGCAGAACGUUGCCAAGAAACAGCGCAAACAACAACGUAAACUACGAGCGGCUGUGAAUGAUACAGUCAUGAAGACACCGCGUCCUCUGGAGACCUACAAGAAGAGACCCGAGGAAGAGGAGGAGGAAGAAGAGUUCCUGGAGAGUCUCCCAACAGACAUGCUGGAUGAUGAGGAGCUGCAGGAGAUGUUGGCUCUGAGUCAGCGCCCCUCCUUCCUGACCAGAGACCUGUCGUCAUGUGAUCCGAUUCGUGGAAAGAAGAGACAUAUGCAGCCGGAAAGCUACGAGAAAAUUCCUCGGAAGAUGAUGAAGGAGGAACAAGAAGUGAUUCACCUUCUGCCAAUCAAAGACAAGUCCCGCCUCAUCCCCCAGUCCAUCAAAGUGGUCAAAGAUCAAGCACAGGAUGAAGAGGAGCUGGAAGUGGAAGAGAAAGUGGAGGUCACUGAUGCCGAGGAAGCGCCAGAGAGCACAGAGCAUUUGACAGAGGAGCAGCGAGAGCAUCAGCGAGUCUUGAAGAUUGAGGAUAGGAAGUUGAAGAUCGCAUCUCUGGGUUCAGCUGUGAUGUCAGACCCUCACAAUCAGAUGAAGUGUGUGAAGCAGCUGAGGGGGAUGCUGAUGGAGACUGACCCAUCUGUCGCGGUGACCACGAGGAAGCUAGUGAUGGUCUCUCUGAUGGAAAUUUUCAAAGACAUUUCGCCCUCGUACAGGAUUCGACCACUGACCGCUGCAGAGAAGGCCACAAAGGUGAAGAAGGAGACUCAGCUGAUGAGAGAGUUUGAAGAGACCCUGGUGAGCCAAUACAAGUUCUUUCUGGAGGAACUGGAGCAGACAGUCAAAGACUGGAAGCAGAAAAAGUCCAAACGCAGCCAGGCGGUGUCAUUCAGCUCGUACCAGAGUCUGGCUGAGGUCGCUGUGCGCUGUCUUUGUGAGCUGCUGGUUGCCAUGACAACGUUCAACUUCCACAACAACAUCAUCAUUGCCCUUGUCCCCUUGAUGAAUGACCCUUCCAAGAAGGUAUCAGUGAUGUGUUGCGAUGCCUUCAGGAAACUCUUCCGCCAAGACAAAGUGGGCGCAGUGUCACUUGCUUCUGUUCGCGUCAUCUCUGGUCUUGUCAAGAGUUUGAACUACAACGUCAGACCUGAGAUGCUGAGGACUCUCCUCUGUCUGAGGAUCAAAGAAGUGGACAUGAAGAAGGACAUGCAAGACACAGCUCCCAAGAAGAAGUUCAUGACCAACAAAGACAGGAAGAAAAAUUUGUCUAGGAUGCAGAGGAAGUGGAAGAAGGCCGAGCAGGCUUUACAGAAUGAGCUGUUAGAAGCUGAGGCUUCCGAAAGCAAAGAGAAGAAACUGAAAUUGCACACAGAGACUCUGAACAUAGUCUUCCUCAUCUACUUCAGGAUUCUGAAGAAAUCCCAGAAAUCUGUUCUUCUUCCUGCAGUGCUGGAGGGGCUGGCCAAUUUUGCGCACCUGAUCAACUUGGAAUUUUUUGAUGACCUCAUCAAUGUUCUACAGAACCUCUUACAAUCAGAGAACCUGAACACUCGCGAGAGCCUUCACUGCAUCCAGACCGUCUUCACCAUCCUGUCCGGUCAAGGUGAUGUCCUGAACGUAGAUCCCCUGAACUUCUACACUCAUCUGUAUAAGAUGCUGCCUUGGCUGAAUGCAGGUGCCUCCAAUGAUGACAUCAUCAUUGUGCUGCACUGCCUGGAUGCCAUGGUAAUUCGUCGCAAGAAGCAGGUGACCUUGCAGAGAGUGAUGUCAUUCAUCAAACGACUGAGCGCCCUCAGUCUGCACGUGCUCCCCAACGCAAGUGUUGGACUCCUCGCUGCCAGCAGAGCUGCCCUGCAGUCUUUUCCAAGAUGCGACGUCCUGUUGGAUAAUGAGGUUCAGGGCAGUGGCUUCUACCUUCCAGAGCUAGACCAACCAGAACACUGCAACACUCAGAACACAGCUCUCUGGGAGCUGCACCCACUGCUGAAACACUUCCACCCAGUUGUCCGGAAAAUGGCGGCCCAUCUAAGUCGUGGCGCCCCGAGUGAAGGAUCCUCAUCGCUCAGUGUGGACCUGAGCCGCAGGUCGCCCGCUGAGUUGUUUGAAGAUUUCAGUGUGAGAGACAUGACGUUUAACCCCCCCGUAGCUCCGCCCUCCACAAAGAAGAAGGAUCGCUUUACAAUCGGACCAACGCUUCUGGAUGCUGAGCUGCAGAGACAAGUUGAAGCUGCCAUGACCAUCAACGAGGACACAGAGCUGGACUUCACCACUCACAUAGAUACAAAGACUAAAUGUUUAAAAAUAAAAUGACCCUUUCAUAUUACCAAAGGCGAAGUGUCAGUUUAGUAGUUUUAUAUUUAAUGUGGGUUUUUUAUUUUUAUCUUUGAUAUGAAUAAAAAAGACGACAUGUGUGCUGCCUUCAC